AUGCCCCCAAAAGCAAGUCAACAACAGAAAAAACCAGAUCCACAAGAUGUACCUAUAAUCUUUCAAAGGUAUCGAACGGAAUUACAAUCUCUCGCACAAAAGAUAGGUGAAAUUGAAUCUGAGAUGGAAGAGCAUGCAUUGGUAUUAUCAACCUUGAGACCAUUGACAACUUCCGAUCCCAAAAGAACAUGUUAUCGUUUGAUCGGAGGUACUUUGGUUAAAAGAAGUGUCGAAGAUGUAGUGCCAAGUUUGGAAACAAACUUUUCGGGUAUAAAAGAAGUUUUGGAAAGUUUGGUUAAAAGCUAUAAAGGUAAAGAAGGUGAAUUUGAGGAAUGGAGGAAAGAGAUGGGUGUACAAAUGCCAAGGUAA